CAGAAAAACCUUCAACUACUUGCAUUUAACUAAUUAAUUAAUUAACAAAUUCUAAUUCUUCAUCGUUUUCUCUCUCCUCUGCAAAAAAUAAUUUCCCAAUUCAUCAAAAUAUAAUUAUUUUUCACUUUCCACCAUAUUUCUCUGCGACAACUAAUCAUCACUGUCGGCAUCAACUUCACCAGCUUCCUUUUUUUUCUCUCUCCUUCCAUUGAAACUACUCCUUCAACCUUUACUUCAACGAUUCAGUGAUUGAAUUGGAAAGAAAUGGCGAGUCGAAAAGAAGAUGAGAAGAAUGAGAAAAUUAUACGAGGUCUUCUUAAGCAACCUGGAAAUCGCAAGUGUAUUAAUUGCAAUACUAUGGGUCCCCAAUAUGUGUGCAUCACUUUCUCGACAUUUGUUUGCACUACAUGUGGCGGUAUUCACCGUGAAUUCUCGCACCGUGUAAAGUCAGUAUCAAUGGCCAAAUUUACACCACAAGAAAUUGCUUCUCUUCAGGCUGGAGGAAAUGAGCGGGCAAAGGAAAUACACUUCAGAGAUUGGGACUCUCAGCGGGAACCUGUUCCUGAUAGCAACAAUGUGUACAAACUUCGAGACUUUAUCAAGCAUGUGUAUGUGGACAGGAGAUAUAGUGGUGAAAAGGGCAGCGACAGACCUCCACGUGGAAAACUGGGUGACAAAGAAGAAGCUAAUGAAAAUAGGAAAUCAGAUGCAUCUCAAAGUGGCUCUCGAAGUCCACCAUACGAUGACAGAUAUGAACGUCGUUAUAAUGACAGGUCAAGCCCUGGUUAUGAUGCGAGAAGAAGUCCAGGAUACGAUCAAGAUAACCAGAGGCACAGUGACUAUGGGAGAAGUCCUGUCCGUUCUGGGAUUGUCAAUAAUUGGCGACGGGAAGAUAGGUUUUCCAAUGGGAGGAAAUCUGAUGACCGUCAUAGUUCUGAUGGGGAAAGUAAACCUGAAAUUGGGUCGCCAGAUAGCCAAAAGGAUUCAAGUGUGCCCAGCCUUCCUGCUGUGCGGCCUGUUGGGGAGAUACUGGGGGAGAAUGUCGUACCUCUUCGCAUUAGUGAGCCUCCAAGAGCCAAUAGCGGCAGGGUUGCUGAUGGCUCUAAAAUUACCCAGAGAACAGCCUCUUCUAGUAGUUUGGCAUCCAGCAAUGGAAAUCCUAUGGAGACUAAAAGGGAAACAUCAUUGAUAGAUUUUGAUGCUGAACCAGAACCCCCUGUGACUGCUGGUUUACCACAAGCUCAGCAACCAACUGCUGGUCAAUCAGUUGUCCAGUCAACAAGUACUCAAAGUGAUGACAAUUGGGCUUUUUUUGACAGUGCUCCGGUAGGUAUGGUGUCUCAAGCACCUCAAAGUAUGAAUCCACUGGAAUCUGUACUAGGGUUGUCAGUUCCAGUUCCUGGCCAUUCAUCUGGAUCAAUUGGCAGCGAUGCUGCUUCUAUGCCUUCAAAUGGCAUGUUCCCAUCAUCAACAAGUGGUGAUUUGCUAUUUGCUUCUGUGGGUAGUACAUUAACAUCUGCAUUUCCUGGCUCUGCUCCUGCAUCCUCACCAUUGACCGCUUUGUCAUCUUCCCCAUCUGGAGGUGCUGUGGUUGCUUCUAGCCUGCCGCCGAUGUUGCCGGCAAAUGGUGGUACUUAUCAGCAGUAUGGAAUACAGCAUCAGCAACAGGUUUCCUCCCAUUUUGCUGGUAGUCAGCCUGCUGCUCAACAGUUGGCUUCAGCUUUUCCUAGUGGUUCUAGCAGUCAGGGUGUGGCAGGCAAUUCUGUUGCACAACCAUCACAAGCCGUUGCAACCCUUCCGUCACCAACAGUUGAAGUAAUAUCCAGUGACAGACAAGAGAUUCCUGCGAAUCUCUUCACUGCUACAUACUCGUAUGCGCCUUAUCAAGCUCCUGUUUGGCGACCUGGUGCCGGUGGUAUGUAUCCUGGCAUGCAAUUUCCGAUGCAGUACAACCCUGCAAUGUCAAUGCCAACAUUUCCACAACCAACAUUUCCGCAGCCUACAUUUCCUCAGCAAGCCAAAUCAUUUAACCCCUUUGAUGCUGAAGGAUCAUCUGGGCAACCUGCAGCGUUCCCUUCUAUGUCAUCUUUGAAUGCUGCUCUGCCCAACGCAGCGGCUCCUGGAGACGUAGCGCAUCCUUCCAACCUUGGUACUGCUUCACCUUUUGGAUCAGCCAUGCCAGGUGGUAAUUUGAUUCCACCUCAGAUGUCAACAGUGCCUCCUGUUGCACCAUCUUUCGGAUCAGCCAUUGCAGGCGGAUCAUACAUGGGACAGCAGUUACCCACUAACAUGGCAUCACACAGGCCUCAAGGAUUUGGUAGCUUUGGUAAUGAAAGGCCUGCUUUUGGCCCAAUGAAUCCGGCAGCUGCCAUGCCAAACCCUUCCCUUGGUGGGAACCCAUUCGGCUAGAAAGCAAAACACGUCUGCUGCACCCCUAAACAAUUCUUUUGUGGGAAUGUUAUAUCUUUCUUAAGCGCAUAUACAUCGAUACUCCGCCCCAAAUAGGAAGUUUAAAGGUCUCGGGGCAUUGGUUGAUUGGCCUUGUUCCCCAUGUAAAAAUAGUUUGCACCUGUAGAAUACAUCCAGAGAAAAUGAAGACCUGUGGAGUAAUCUUGUGGUUUAGAAGAGGAAUGAAAGUCUAAGGUAACGUCAGAUGUUGCAGUUUUGGUGUCUCAUUCAUAUAGGUACGGAUCAGCAUUUGGCAAUUAUUCUGAGCUUCUCCCUUCUCAAGUUGUAUCAAUUCUUUUGAAAAAAAUUCGUGUUGUAACUAGUGUGGAAUCUACUGCCGCUAUUUUGGUGAGCGGCAUCCAUUUGUGAAAAUUUAUUUUAGUGGCCUUGUUACGAGUUAAGUCGUCUUUUGUAUCCCUUCUUUUUCAUUGUUUUACACAAUGUGAAUAUAGAUGUUUUUAUUUUAAUAACUGCCUUGUUUUGUGACACUUUUGGGAGUAUUCCAUUUGAGUUCCAUACUGAAGCAUCCAACUUUCUCAAAGUUGAAUCUUGUGUGAAAUAAAUAAUUACUAUAUUCUUGUUCUUUAUC